AUGACUGCCAUCUUCCUGAUGUCCAUUCUUUUCGGCCUCGCAUGUGGACAAACGAUGUCUUUUUGUAUUCCAACUGAAUAUACAAUGCAUGUAGACAGGACAGAGUGUGCUUAUUGCCUAACCAUCAACACCACCAUCUGUGCUGGAUAUUGCAUGACACGGGAUAUCAAUGGCAAGCUGUUUCUUCCCAAAUAUGCCCUCUCCCAGGAUGUUUGUACAUAUGGAGACUUCAUCUACAGGACUGUAGAAAUACCAGGGUGCCCACACCAUGUCACUCCUUAUUUCUCCUAUCCUGUUGCUGUAAGCUGUAAGUGUGGCAAGUGUAAUACUGACUAUAGUGACUGCACACAUGAGACCGUCAAGACAAACUACUGCACCAAACCUCAGAAGUCCUAUCUAGUGGGAUUUUCUGUCUGA